ACUCGACCAAUCAGCAUUAACCACGAAUUUGUGUUGGUGGAUACGAUAGGAACACCGGCUUAAGUUUGAGAUUUGAGUUCGUGUAACUACAUAUUUGAAUUGUGUGUUACUAAAACAACAAAAUAUGCUAAAACUGCUAAGUUUUGCCUUUCUGGCAACUCAGACGUGGGCCUUAUACUCCCCCAGCUCCAAUGUCGUCGAUCUAACGCCAAGUAAUUUUGAUAAAUUGGUAAUACAAGGUGAUGAAGUGUGGGUUGUUGAAUUCUUUGCCCCUUGGUGUGGUCACUGCAAAAAUUUGGUGCCCGAAUAUCAAAAGGCUGCAACUGCUUUAAAAGGAAUUGUCAAAGUGGGUGCAGUUAAUGCUGAUGAACAUAAAGACCUAGGUGGGCGGUAUGGUGUUCGAGGUUUCCCAACUAUCAAAAUCUUUGGAGAAAAUAAGUACAAACCAGAAGAUUACAAUGGUGGAAGAACUGCAGAAGACAUUGUCAAUGGAGCCCUUGCAGCUGCCAAACGAAAGGCAAAAGCUAGUUUUGGUGGUGGAUCAUCAGGAGGCAGCAAAGACAGCAAAAAAGAUGAUGUAAUUGAACUCACAGAUAGUAAUUUUGAUAAAUUAGUAUUACAAUCUGAUGAUAUGUGGUUGGUUGAAUUCUAUGCACCAUGGUGUGGACACUGCAAAAAUUUAGCUCCCCACUGGGCUAAGGCAGCAACUGAAUUGAAGGGUAAAGUCAAAUUGGGAGCAUUGGAUGCCACUGUACACCAAGCUAAGGCCCAAGAGUAUCAAGUACAAGGAUACCCAACCAUCAAAUAUUUUGCUCCUGAUGACAAACACAAUGCACAAGAAUACAAUGGUGGUCGUACAUCCAGUGAUAUUGUUCAAUGGGCUUUGGACAAAUUUUCUGAAAACAUUCCUGCUCCUGAAGUCCAACAAAUUGUUGAUGAGAAGUCUGUGAAGGAAGCAUGUGAAGAAAAGCCUUUGUGUGUGAUUGCUGUAUUGCCACACAUUUUGGACUGUCAGUCUCAAUGUAGGAAUGAAUAUCUCAAAACUUUAACUGAAUUGGGAGAAAAGUUUAAGAAGAAAUACUGGGGAUGGUUGUGGUCUGAAGCUGGUGCCCAACUAGAUUUAGAAAAUGCUUUGGAUAUUGGAGGAUUUGGUUACCCAGCCAUGGCAGUAAUAAAUGCUAAGAAAAUGAAAUACUCAAUCUUAAGAGGUUCAUUCUCUAAGGAUGGCAUCUACGAAUUCUUACGUGAUUUGUCAUAUGGAAAGGGAAAUACUGCUCCAGUAAAAGGUCAGCAAUUACCAAAAAUAAACAAAGUUGAUAGUUGGGAUGGUAAAGAUGGUGAAUUGCCCCCUGAGGAAGAUAUUGAUCUCUCUGAUGUAGAUUUAGAUGAAAAAGAUGAGUUGUAAGACUAAUAAUUUAUAGUUAUUUUAAAUUUUUGUAAAAUACUUCUUCCUCUUAAUAUGUGUUCUAUUUAGGUUCUGUGUUUAGUUAUUAAGGUAUUUUUGAAAGAUUGUACAUUGAAACGUUAAAAAUAAAUGACACCUUUUGUAUUA